AUGGCUUCUUUUCCUGGGGACGGUACCAACAUACCUAAACGCUUGGUCGAGUGUCUGGAAUUUCAGCCGCUCAACCAUCUUAUACCAAAGGAUGGUUUAGUCAAGCUGCUGCGGUCUUCGCUGGAACUGUACCCCGCUUUAAGCGAAGAUGCUUUCAGCGAAACAUUGCAGGAUCACAGCAAGGCAGAAAAAAAGGUAUUCACACCACUGGGCAAGAACGGAAAGCUCAAUAUUCGUUUCAGAGAGCUAAACUCGGUGCAGCCGUCACCAACGGGUCCUGUUCUCAACCUGUUCGAUGGGCUAUCAGAGAAGGCGAAACAGUUUCUAAACACCGAAUGUCUAUCGAGUUUGAAGAGGUUGCACUCUGACGAUGAAAUGUCCGAUGUUGAUGAAGAGACUUCAAGUCUGAAACGCAGUGAGACCACAGGCAGCGAGUAUGGGGACGUGGAACUCAGACUAACACCUAAGAAGCUCAAGACCGGUUUUGAGGAGUUCUCACUAAACCAGUCAGCCUUGGGGUUGCAGCACAUAAACGAUCUUAAGGACCUUAUGGCUUACAUUGGAAGGGAAGAUUCUGAAGCAGAUACCGCGAAUCAACUUUUCUGGACAAAGUUAGGUCCAAACUACGUCCUGUCGGAAACAAGCGCCGAAAGGAUUUUCAUAAUCCUGAAAAACGUUUCGUCUAUGUCGGAUGUAUCUAAAAUAUUGGAUGUUAAGACAUUGGGAAGGAUUCUGAACGUCUGCUCAGAUAGCGUUGAUGUUAUUCUACGAGAAGGAGAUGCUCGUUCAUUUAACCGCAUAGCUUUCAAGUGUUCUUUCUCCAUAUUCAUGAUUUUUCUGCUCGACGUCAGUGAGAAGCGUCUUUAUCUCGAGCGCUACAUUAUUUCUGCUAUUUCGUUUUUAUCGAGGAUUAACGACAAACUUGCAGAGAGCGAGACCAGCCUCAAAGCCAGCAACGAAGACUGUAUUCAGUUGAAAACGUUACUAUCUUUGCUGUCGUCGUACAUUCAAAAAAAACCAAUGCAAGAAGAAGGGUUAAUUACGAGGAUAGUUUAUUUGUUAGCCGACUUGCUAACAUUUUCUCCAACAACUUUAGCCGGAACGUCUGGAUCAGCGACAUGGCUAGAGAGUCUCAAAGUUGAGAGUUCAGAAGGCUUGAUAUCUAUUUUCCAAAGCCUUCCAUCACAGCAGCUCUUUAUCAUUGACGAGCUCCUCUUUAGGUUAGAGUUCCUUCCAAACAACAGAGUCUUGAAAAAACUAAAGAGAGUUGACCAUUCCUUCUAUGCUACUCACCUCUUUUUCACUCUUGUUUCCAUGUUACAAACUAUAAACUCCGCAAAACUGCGAAGUCAAGCAAGUCAAUGGGACGAAGAAAGUGUGGAAAAUUUUCUAUCGCUAUUCAAAGAGCAGCAAGAACUUUUAUCCACUCUUGUCGAACACAUCAACAAUUCCGUUCUCAACAAGUGUUUCUCAGGAAACGCUUCAAAAAAGUUUAUCUUGGAUAAUUACGUGCAAGAUCUCGUUUCAAUGGUUGCUCGGCCUAACUGGAGUGUUGCAGAAUUAUUGCUUGCAUCUUUGACCAAAAAGCUCCUUUUCGCUUUUAGUCCCUCACAGCAAACUAGUUCGACAAAAGAAUCUUCAAUACUACAGGCUAUUUCACAUAUCGGGAGCGGCAUUCAAAACAUACGUCUACAGAGCCCUUCUGAUGAAUUAACUAUCUUUCGCAUACACAACAAUCCAGAGUUACUAGACAGAGCCAUGGAUGCUUUUAGAAAUUGCGUCAUUUCCAUGGUUCCUAACGGGAAUUGGACAGCGCAAACACAGAGCUUUUGGGAUAGACAAAUUGCCUUCCUUGUUGCAUUAGGAGACUUUGAUUCUUCUGAUAGUGAUUGGAAGGAACGUACUACCAUGGAAGUCACAUCACUGCUACAAAAACCGUUAAUUUUGCAGGCCGAUAAUAACUUUGAUAAUGAAGUAAAACCCCAUGAAAAUGCUCAAUUGAGUUAUUUCGCAACUUUGCAUUUGUUUGAGUUGAUUAACUUGUUUAAUCCCUACGUUAAACUUAUUUUGUCAUUGCUUGACAAGCAGAAAGUUAAGUUGAGGUCGGGAGCCAUCAAGUGUUUAACACCUUUGAUAUCUAAAGAUCCCAGCUUACUCGCCGACGAUUCUAUCAAACUCGUAAUCGAGCAGCGCUUAAAGGAUUCUUCUCCUUCUGUGAAAACCGCAAUCCUUGAUCUUCUGAGCCUUUCACAAUACACUGAAUUUUACCAUCUCAUCAACAUCAAUUUCAAUGAUGACAGUGCUUCAAUCAGAAAACACAUUCUCAAGCUAAAUAUCGAGAUUUAUGACAACUGUGAAAAUCUCAGCACGAAGUCAUAUGUCGCGGCAAGAAUUUUGAAAAGAACAGAAGAUGAAGAGGAUAGCAUAGUCGAGAGGGCUCAAUCUGCCUUGCUUGAAAGGUGGUUCCUGAUUUUGAGCGGACUCGAAACUAGCCCAGAAGAGCAAAAUAGUAAAGCUAAAGAAAUAACACAUGUUAUUUCUGCCAUUGUUGGUUUGGAGGAAAGCUUUGCAGAGUUGUUUAGUGUCUUCCUGAAUGAUUUUGUUCUUAAUAAGGCUUUUCAUGAGCCUAAUGUAUUAACAAACAUUAUGGAAUCUGCUCACGUCAUCACAGGAAAAGUAGUCGAUGAUGCCAUCAACGUGCACUACGCAGCCGAGUCUGACGACAACCUUGAAACUCAUAAAGAUGCCGAGCUCAAUACUUUUCGGCUACUAUCGAUUAUUUCAUCAAGCGAUCACGCAUUUGUCACAAAAGACCACAUCGCUACCCUUUACCCCUACUUAUUAACACCUCAAAGGUCGAACUUGCAGUAUUACAUCCUAAAAGUAUUGAAAAAUAGCUUUCCUAAGUUAUUUUACUUCAAAACUAAGUUUCUAGUUGACUUAGAGACAACUGUGCUCGGCAAACUCCCAAGAAUGACCCCACUGGAACUUGAGGAAGCCUUGCCCCUGUGUUGGUCUAUAGUUAAACAUCGGGGUGACGAGUCCAGGGUGUCGAAAGCUUGCUCAAGUUGCCUCGCACAGCUUUCUCCCUACAUCAACUUAGCAUCAAAAAAUCCAAGUGCAGUUACCGCUGAUGGAAAAAUACAAAAACUACUUUACCUUGCUGCAGGCUUUGCAAGAUCUUGCCCAUUUGAAAAUACAAAGGAAAACUUUCCAAACUUGAAAACGAGGGAGCCCAUAUUUGAAUAUGUCACAAAGUGCUUACUAGUUUUCACUAAGAUUGAGAUUCCAUUUGUUAUAAGGAAGACUGCUCUAAGAUGCUUAUUGAAGGUUGCCGCCUCAUUCCCUAAACUAUUCAAUUCUCGGCACGUUUUAACAGUGAUUGACAGAGAGUUUUCCUCUGGGCUACUUGACUUGAACUUGGUGAUGAUACGUUGUUUGCACGAGUUUUUUGAACUCGAGGAGCACAAGUCAUUUAAAUUGGCCCGACCCACAGUGCGCACUCCCUCCAGGAUAAACAGAAGCAGGUCGCUGGGUUUUGAAAAACCUAAUGAUACCAUAUGUUCCGCGAUAUCUUCGCGUUAUUUGAAAAGAAUACUCAAAAUUGCCUUUCUAGAAGACGCAAGGGGAUCAUGCAUUGCUUUGGACUUCAUUUUCCUUACUCUCAGCCUAGGGUAUGCCAAUCCCUCAUACAGUACUGCCACCAUAAUCGCCUUAACAGUUUCUCCUUACGCUGAGACAAAGAAGCUUGCCAUGACAGCGCUUGAGAGCAUCACAAUGAAAACCAGUUCCAUGCUGUUUAGCAAUCUGAGUUCCGGCGUAAAAAUGGGCUUGGAACACUCAAAAUGGCUUCAAGAAAACGGAUUGCCCUGUAAUAGCAUGUUUUUACGAGGUAUGCAAGAGUUAAUUACUUCUUGCAGUCCCGCAAAUACAAGAUUUCUCAAGUCCGUGACCAAGACUCUUGUAUCUUACUUAAAUGAAGAUCCAAGGUCUUUUCCCAAGGAUCAAAUUUUACUGCUUUGCAAUAACUUUAGCACCUUGACUUAUGAAAACAUGCUUGAGGUGUGUACGCUUAUUCGCUUGUUCGAUGUAAAGAUUGAGGAGCUGGGAGAAUCCAUAGAGGACGAAGUCCAGGACUCUUUGGACGAAGUCGACAACGAAGACGUAUCAAACUUGAUAAUCUCACACGCGUGUCUGUUUGAGUUAAGAGCGUUUCUCUGCGAAAAGUAUGGGGUAUCAGAUGAAGCCGUUGCUACAGUUGACACGGCUGAAGAAGAUGAACUGAAGAGCCAGCCUGCUGAGCCCAAGAAAAACAAAUUGGUUUUCGGGUUUUCGCCAUCUGAGUUUGAAUGCAAGAAAUGGUAUAACCAUUACAUUUCAGUGGAUAACAAUUGA